CUCACACACACACACACACAUAUAUAUACAAAGUCAUGAUUUCUCUUGCGCUUACUACCCUGUCCUCUUUUGCUUCAUCGCAGUCACUGGAUAACUAUAUUCCACUUUACAGCAUGCUACCUCCAACACCACAUCUCCCAGAUCCGACAUUUUCCGGGACGACUCGGAUUAAUAAUAUCGAUCUUUGGUAUGCCUUAUUUGGGCCGCCACUGGAUUGCGGACGAACCCCCAUAGUUUUCCAGCAUGGGGGCAAGAUCAAUUCCAACUGGUGGGGUCUCCAAGUCAGACAUAUUGCUGGCAAAGGACAUCCCGUCAUCGCCAUCGAUACAAGAGCUCAUGGUCGAUCAAACGAUGACCCAGAGGUGCCGCUAUCAUAUGACUUAUUCGCCAACGAUACCGUGGCCCUACUUGAACAUCUGAAGGUGGCUAGGGCUUCGAUUGUUGGAUGGUCUGAUGGCGCCAAUACUGCCCUCUCCCUAGCGAUGCACCAUGGCGAAAAGGUUGAUCGUGCAUUCAUCUUUGGCGCCAAUUAUCAGCCUGAUCAAGCUAACGUUACUGGCAUAAUGGGAUUACCUUUCUUGGACGAUUUGCAAAACAGGAUGAAAAGCGAAUACGAAGCUUUGUCCCCGAAUCCAGAAAAGUUUGACGAAUUCAUGGCAAAAAUGGCUACGAUGCAAAGCACCUUUCCAGACUGGAACGACAAAUCUUUUGCCCAAAUCAAGACGCUCUUUCAAGAUCCUAGGCAUGCACCGAUUAUAUGGAUUGGGGAUGGGGAUUCGGAGGAGGUUGUACAGCGAAGAGUUGCAGGUGAGAUGAGAGAUAUGAUCUGGGGAUCAAGUCUCGUUGUACUGCCAGGCGUCGGACACUUUGGCCCUCUCCAAGAUCCUGAUACGUUCAACGCCAUCCUUGAUCGAUGGCUUGCAGAUCUGCGCCGUUAGCGGUUGCUCCCUAGGCAGUCUCCCGAGAAAAGCCACUACUAUAUCAGUCAAAAGCGCCGAUGAUCUCCGUAGGAUUACAUUAGGUGUCACUACAUAUUCGCAGCGUUAAAUAAUAAUGUACUUCCAUUUCAACCAUCCCCCGCAUUUAUGCAGGGAUAAAUGCCAUAGAUAACU